AUGGAAAUUUAGAUUGCAAUUUAAAUCAAUGUAAAUUUCCAAAACAUUAUAAUUGUGCAAAUUAAUUAUUUUAAGGCAAUGAACCAUCUAGCCUUAAUCUUUAUUGUUUUCAUACUCAAUUUAUGUAUGGCUUAAAUUGAUAAUACUACAACUUAUAAACGUAAUUUAUAAGAAAUCCAAACAUAAUGCUAACUGAAUCAAUUUCUCUUAGGAAAUAAUUGUUAUGGUAAAAAAUAUGAUUAUUAUUGAGAUUGCCAUUAUAGUUGUUAAUAAUGCGUUGGAAAUUAAUUUGAUAAUUGUUCUUCAUGUAAUGUUGUUACUAAAAGAAUUUUAAUUGAUAAUUAAUGCUUGUGCUUAGCUUCCUAUUAUGAAUAAGACUAAUAAGCAAUUUGUCAAUGUAAAAUUUAAAUUAUAAUUUAGAAUGUAACAAAUCUUGUUUAACUUGUCAAGGAGGAUCAGAAAAUGAUUGUUUAAGUUGUAAUAGUAAUAGUAUCUUAACAGAAAACAGAUGCCUUUGUAAAUAAGGCUAUUUUUAUAAUUAAUACAAUAUGGAAUGCUAAUGUAAAUAAAUUAAAUAAAUAAUAAAAAGAAUGUAAUUUUACUUGUGAAUAUUGUUUCAAUUCUUCCUUUGAUACUUGUAUUAAAUGUAUGCAAGAAUCUUUAAGAUAACUAGAGAAUAUGUAAUGUAAAUGUCCAUUAGGUUAUUAUUCAUAAGUAGGAGUUGAGAAAUGUUAGAGUAUGAAAUAAUAAUAUUUAAGGAUGUAAUGAAAUUUGCAAUAGUUGUGAUUCAUAUAAUUCCUGUACAAGUUGUAAAGAAGAUAAAGUAUUAGUUAUGAAUACAUGUGUUUGUUAAACAGGUUAUGUUUAAGUUUAAAAUGGAAAGAUAAAUAUUUGUUAAAGUUUAAUUAAUCAUUUUUACAAUAGAGUGUCAUGCAUAGUGUUAAUCUUGUUUUGGGAUUCUAGCUUAUUAAUGUUCUAGUUGUAUGCCAAAUUGGACAUUGCAAAUUAAUAAUACAUGUUAUUGUGAUGAUGGAUAUUUCUUAUUCAAUAAUGAUUGUUUGGUCUGUGAUGCUAAUUGUUUAACUUGUUCAUAUUCAAGUACAAACUGUUUAUCAUGUGUAUUUGGUUAUAUAUUGUAAACAAAUAAUAAGUGCUGCCAUUUUACAAAUAUUUUACUUGAUAAUUCAUGUUAAUGUGCAGAUGAAUUUUAUCUUGACAGCAAUGGAAUUUGCCAAAGUAAAUAAUAUCUAUUUUUUACAGAUUGUCCUCAAAAUUGUUUAAAAUGCGAUGAAAAUUUUGAUUGUUAAGAAUGUGUAGAUAAACUAUAAACUGGAAGUUAAUGUAAUCAAAGCUGUUUACCUGUAAAUUGCGAAGAAUGCAAUUAAAUUGGAAUAUGCACUAAAUGUUUUCCUAAUUAUUAAACAAAUUUACUUGGAGAUUGUAUUUGUUAAUCAUAGGAGUUUUUUCUUGAUUUAUCAAAUACAAUAUGUACAAGUAAUAAUAUAAAUAUGAUAAUUAGAAUGUUCCAUGUAGAUUGAUAAAUGUAAUUUAUGCGAUAUUACAGGUUGUUUAAGUUGUGAAAACGGUUAUUUUUAAUAAAAUGGAUAUUGUAUGAAUUGUAUGGAUAAUUGCAAAUCUUGUUAAACCUUAAUUGUAUGUGAUAUAUGUAAUGAUGGGUAUUUUGGUACUUCGUGUGAUUAAUGUCAUGAAAGCUGCAAAAAUUGUUUGGGUUUUUUGAAUAUCGAAUGCAGAGAAUGUAAAGAAAAUACAAUUUAAAACAAUAUUUAAAUAAGUUUAGGCAGCAUAUCAAUAUUUUCAUGUGAAUGUGAUUAUUUAUUUUAUCAUGAUUCUAAUUUUAAUUGUCAACCCUGCAACACUAAAUGUAAUUAAUGUGAUGGAGGAUCAAGUUUAGAUUGUUUAGAUUGUUUUUUAAGUUAAAAAAGAGUAUUUUUAGCUAAAAGUUGUAUUUGCGAUACUGCAAAUAAUUUUAUGGAUUUAGGAGAUGAUUAAUGCUAUGAAAUAAGUUGUGGUUACGGUUGUUCUGAUUGCCAACUUGUUGGAAUAGUAUAUGAGUGUCAAACUUGUCAUGUUGGUUAAACAUAUAGAGAAGAUAACCCAUAAUAAAAUUGUCCUUGUUUAUCAGGUUAUUAUGAAGUAAAUAAAAAGCAAUGUGAUUGUAAAAAUUUCACUUUAUUUAGAAUGUCCAUAUUAAUGUGGAACUUGUAGUUUAAAUGUGUUUAAUCAGCCAUAUUGUACAACUUGUUCAGAGAAUAGAGAUUUAAAUGAUGAUUGUAACUGCAAUAUUGGAUAUUAUUAAAGUAGCGGGUAAACUUGUCUUAAAUGUUCAGAAAAAUGUUUAAGUUGUACAUCAACAGGUAUAUGUAUUUAAUGUUAAUAAAAUUUUAUAUUAAAUAAUGGAAGAUGUGUAUGCGCUCUAAAAAAUUUUGCAAAUAAAUCAAUAUGUAUUUGCUCAUAAGGAUAUUAUAAUCACUUAGAAACUUAAAAAUGUUUACGUAAAUAUUUUAAUUAUUUUUAGCUUGUCAUCCAAAAUGUAAAUAAUGUGAAUUAACAUCUAUAAAUUGUGUUAUAUGUUCUGAUAAUCAUUAUAACCCACCUGAAUGUAAAUGUGCAUCAGGUUUAUAUGAAUAAGAUACAAUGUGUCUUCCAUGUAAGAAUAAUUGUCAUCUCUGUAAAUCUGAUUCUAUUUGUUUGGAUUGCUCUAAUACAAUGAUUUUAAUUAAAAAUUAAUGUGAAUGUUCAUCUGGAUAUUUUAAUUAUCCUGGAAAUCCAAUAUGCAAUUCGUGUUCAUAAAAUUGUUCAGAAUGUAAAUAUCAUUAAGAUAAUUGUAUCAAAUGUAAAUACAAUAGAGUCUAACCUUAAUUAUGUAUAUGUCCAUAAGGAACCUAUGAGGUUGAUAUUACUUAACCAUGUUCUAUUUGUAAUACUAGAUGUUCUAGUUGUGAAUUUGAUUCAAAUAAUUGUUUAAAGUGUUCAUUAAAUAGAAUAAAUCCACCUACUUGUAAAUGCAAAAUAGGAUAUUUUGAAAAUCAAGAAUAAGAGUGUAGAAAAUGCAAUUCAAAAUGUACACAAUGUGAAACUUCAUCAGAUAAUUGUUUAAAUUGUAAACUUAACUCUGCUGUACCUCCAAAUUGUGAUUGUUUAGAUGGAUAUUUCUAUGAUAUUGAAAAUGGAUGUGUUAAAUGUCAUGAUAAAUGUCUUACUUGUAAUGGUUCUGAUGAGUAUCAUUGUUUAAGCUGCGAUAAUCUUAGAUUUUUAUAAUUAUAGAAUACUGAAUGUUAAUGCUAAUCUAAUUAUUAUUAAAAAGAGGAUUAUUGUUAAAUCUGUUCAAUUGAUGUAGAAGUAUGUCAACCUUUAAUAUGUGGAAAUGGAAUCAAACAACGAUAGGAGGAAUGUGAUGAUGGCAAUUUUGAUAAUAGAGAUGGAUGUUCAAGAGAUUGUAAAUUAGAAACAGAUUAUUUUUGUCAAUUAAUUCCAAAUUUGCUUAUCCAUAACUCUACUUCAAUUUCAAAAUGUACUAAAUGUUCAGAAUAGUGUAAACACUGCAACUCCAAUAGAUGUUUAUAAUGUCACAGUGGUUAUUUUAUGACUAAAUCAUUUGAAUGCAAUAAAUGUGAGUAAUAUUCUUUCCUAUUCUUAUAGCAAGCAUUGUAAAGAAUGUUCAGGUCCUUUUUAAAGAGAUUGUUUAUCCUGUAUCAAAGGAAUCGAUUAUGAUUUAUCCUAAAAAUGUGCUUUUUGUGAAGAAACAUUAGGUUUGUACACAAAUGGACUUCAUUGUGCUUCUCUAUGUGGAGAUGGUAUUAUAAAGACAGAUGAAAAAUGUGAUGAUGGCAACAACCUGAAUUAUGAUGGAUGCUCAAAUUUAUGUCAAAUUGAACAAGACUGGAGCUGUUCAUAAUCAAAUAAUUCAUAAAGUGUUUGUCAAAAAUUAAAUUUAUCAAUAGCAUCUUUAUAAUUUCAAAGAGUUAAAGAUUUCUAUUAAUCAUAAAGAAUUGGAUUGAUUUAAUUCUCUAAACCUAUGAUCCUACUUAAUUCAUCACUGAUAGGAUAAUGGAAAUAAUAAAUUGUUAAUCAUACUGAUCAUGAAGAUUUUGAAAUUCAAUCAACUCCUAAUUAUAAUCAAAAUGGACAUUUGGAGUCCAUUUCAAUAUUAUUAACAUUGCAUAAAAGUAUUGAUUAUAUAUAGUAUCAUAUUAAUUUUUCAACUUACAUCAUUCAUGAUGCUAUUGACAAUUAUCCACUAAAAUCAUCAAGUCUAUAAACUGAUUUAUUAAAAUAUAAAUAAUUAAGCACUCAAACCUUAACUACUACUUAAGCAUCAAGAUAAUUUGGAUCUACUGUUUUGUUUAUUCUUGGUGGAAUUGCUGCCCUUGGAUUAUUGAUGGGAAGUUUGGAAUUUUAUUGGAAUGUUCUAGACAAUCUUUAAAUUUUAUCAUAUAUCACAUAUAUUAAUGUCAACUUCCCUUACAUGCAUAAUCAAUUUCUAGAUAUUUUCUAAUUUGCCAGAUUUGAAUUCACCAAUGACUAUUUUAAAAUUGACAUCAUCAAUGGUUUAGAUUAUCAAUAAAAUAAAGAUUAUCCUUUAAUUGUUUAGAGAGAAAUUGAAUAUAAUUUGGUCAUUAAUUUUAGCUCUAUUUUAGUCCUUUGGGCUACUCCUUUAAUCCUUUUACUCAUUUCUAAAUUUAAUCUAUUCAUCAUUCAUCGAUUAUUGAUUACCAGAUUUAGAGUUAUAAAUAAAAAUCAAAAAGUUAACAGUCUUAAAUUUUUGGGUUAUAAAGUUAUAUCGUUUAUUCAUUUCAUUAGCUUGAAGUAUUGUUCUAGUUUCCAAUAUACAAUCAUACUAAGAAUCUAUUUAUCAAGCUUAUAUGAUCUGAAUUUUUCCAUUUUUACAUCAGCCUACUGCUGGCUAUGGAAUUAAACUCCUACUCUUGUAGAUUAGAUUUCAUUUAUUAUUGCUAUGACCUUACUUUUAUUCUAAUUUGUUAUUCUAUUUAAACUUUCAGAUUCUUUAAAGGUCUCCUCUUAUUAAAUCAAUUCAUUUUCCUAUGAGAAGAGUUUUGGAUCAUUAUAUGAAGGCAUAAAAUCUAAUAAAUAAAUCAAUCGAUAAAUUCAAUUUAUACAACCACUUAGAAAAAUUAUAUUUAUGGGAGCUCUACUUUUAUUUUUUGAUUCUGCUAUAUACUAAAUAUCACUUUUAAUUUCGAUACAAAUUAUGUCCUCGUUUAUUUUGAUCUUUCUUAAUCCUUAUUUAAAUAUUUUAGAAACUAUUAAAGGUAUAACUUAAGAUGUAGGAUUAAGUCUAUCUUUAUCUUUAAUCUUAUUUUAUUUUGCUUAAGAUUAAUUUCAAAUAACAGACUAAGAUACAAUAGAAAAACUCUCAUAUAUUCAUGUUGGAAUAUAUACAAUCAUGCUUUCGACUAGUCUUAUUAUUGACUUAUAUUAAUAAUUUAAGAUAAUCACUAAUAAAUACAAAUAUAUAAGAUAGAUUACUCAAAUGUGUUAAAAAAAGUAACUAGAAUAAAAUCAAGAAUCCAAUAGAAAUUUAUUCAUAGAUUUAAGUUAGUAGAAUGAUAUCAAACUUACUAAUAAUUAAAUUUGCUUCGCUGAUUUAAGGAUUUCUUGA